CAUGCCAGAAGACCAAGUUUAAAAAAAUGAAAUGAAUAAUAAAGAUAAAGUACCAGCAGGUACAAAUCUUAUUAAACCAAUCAUUAAAAUUGAUUUAAAAGCAUGGUUUAUUUAGCUAAUUUUAUGGAUAUUAGUUGUGUUAAUUGUAAAAAAUUCAUUUUAUUUGAAUUUAGUCAAAAUUCUUCCUUUUUUUAUUAUAAUUAGCUAUUGGUUUCAUUUUGGAAAAUAUUUCAUAAUUUAUAUUAUCUCCAUUUUCAGAUUUAAAUACUCUUAAAUUGAUUAUUGUAAUGUGUAUUAUUCCUGUUUUUAUGAAUGGAUUACAAGUAAGUAUAUAAUUGAUUAUUUAUAGUUUUGGGUUUAAGACAAUUUCUUAAAAAAAACAGAAUUUACUAUUCAAGAAAAAAAAUAUGUGUUAAGUGAAAUGUACGUAGAUGAAGAAUUAACUAAUUUUGCAUAAUUAGAUAAUUUUGUAAAUAAUCCAGUAUUCAUUAUUUAUUAAAUCUUUGACUUAGGAAGUUAAAAGUGAUAAUUGUUUAGAUAAAUUACAUAUAGAAAUGGGAAAUGUAGGUGUAGGGAUAUAAUAAAAUACAAAAGGAUAUCAAAAAGCCGAUUUUGAGUGA